GAGAAAGCGAGAUGGAUGACUGGUUAGAGAUUCGCAAAGUAUGGUGACGUUUGGCUUUCCCCUCCGAUGACUCCCCCCUCCCUGGCACCGUCGACUUGUCGCCCACUCGUCCGACGUGUGGACGUCAGCACUGCACGUAUAUGCCGAAGGAUUAAAGCCUUCCCGUGAUAUGAGGCUCUGACAAUUUUUUCGUAGUAGUACAGUCCAGUAGAACCAGGAGUGUUCGAGGUGUUAAGGAGAAUUCAUUCAAGUGUGAAUAAAAUGAUUUCACAAAUGGACGGCAUAUAUCGCGGCGUCGUCCUCGCGCUCAUCUGCUCCACGGUCGCCCUGGUGAACGGUUACGUGUUGAACGUCCCCGAACAACCACGGGAUGGUGACUACGUUACCACGUCCUACACGCAUUACGAGGACCUGCAGCGGCUGUUCAAUUCCUUGGAGCACCGAUACCCACACCUCGCACGGGUGUUCUCCAUCGGAAAGUCGGUCGAAGGGCGGGAUCUUUUGGUUCUGGAGAUCUCGGAGAAUGUCAAGCAGCGUAGUCCCGGUGAACCCAUGGUCAAAUACGUUGCCAAUAUGCACGGAGACGAGACCGUAGGCCGGCAGAUGCUGAUCAUUCUUGGUCAGUAUCUUCUGGACCGCUAUGGCAAGGACGAUCGUAUUACCCAACUGGUGAAUCAAACGGAUAUCUAUUUAAUGCCAUCCAUGAAUCCGGAUGGUUUUGAAAAUUCAGUGGAAGGUAAAUGUGAGUCCAAAGAAGAUUAUUCAGGUAGAGAGAAUGCCAAUCAUGUCGACUUAAAUCGGGAUUUCCCCGAUCAAUUUGACAGAAGACUUAGUCAGCUCAAGAAGGGAAUGUCUAUUCUGAACGGUCGUCAGAACGAAACAGUGGCUAUGAUGACUUGGAUUUCUAAUGAGCCUUUUGUGCUCUCUGGAAAUCUUCAUGGUGGUGCUGUAGUUGCCAGCUAUCCAUAUGAUUCUGGUAUCCCAAAAACAUGUUGUAUAGAGAGCAAAAGUCCAGAUGAUAAUUUAUUCAAGUAUCUCGCCCAUAUUUAUGCAGACAAUCAUCCAGAAAUGCGCAGAGGUAACGCUUGUCCACCAGAUGUGUUUCGAAGUGGUGUUACAAAUGGAGCAUAUUGGUACGAAGUGAUAGGUGGAAUGCAGGAUUUUAAUUAUGCUCGCUCUAAUGCAUUUGAUAUAACAUUUGAGCUUAGUUGCUGCAAAUAUCCACCGGGUUCAACAAUACCAGAUCAAUGGCAAUUAAAUAAAGAAUCUUUGAUUCAAUAUCUGGAGCAAGUGCAUAUGGGAAUAAAAGGUUUUGUACGCAGUAGGAAUGGUAAUCCGAUCGAAAGAGCAAAUAUUAUUGUGGAAGGAAUAGACCAUAAUGUUACAACUACGGCCGAUGGCGAAUAUUGGCGCUUACUACUUCCAGGAACUUAUUCAGUUUACGCUGCUGCAUGGGGGUAUGAACCUAGUGAUCCAAUAAAUAUAACUGUGUUAGAAGGUACACCGAUGAUUCUUAACUUUACAUUAAAUGGUAAAGAAGUUAUUGAACAAGGAGAAAGUACAGUUGACGAAGUGAUAAGAUCUGUCGACAAAUAUGGUUUUUAUCACACUGUGGCGUUCAAGCAUCAUAAUUAUGUUGCGAUGGAGAAGUACCUGAUGGAGUUAAGAACCAAUUAUCCCAAUAUCACGAGACUCUACAGCAUAGGAUCCUCCGUGCAGGGUCGCGAGUUGUACGUUAUGGAAAUUACGAAGAAUCCUGGUAUCCACGAUCCUGAAAAACCAGAGAUGAAAUACGUUGGAAAUAUGCACGGAAACGAAGUAGUCGGCAGGGAAAUGUUGCUAUUAUUAUUGAGAUAUCUCUGCGAAAACUACGGCACUGACGAGAGAGUCACACGAAUAGUAGAGACUGUCAGACUUCACAUAUUACCGAGCAUGAACCCCGACGGAUAUGAGAUUUCGAAAGAAGGUGAUGUCUAUGGUGCAAAAGGCAGAGCGAAUGCAAUGGGUGUAGAUCUCAAUAGAAACUUCCCUGAUCAUUACGAAAUCAACGACUACAAUCGGCAUCAACAACCCGAGACCAAAGCGAUAAUGGAUUGGAUAGCGAGAAUCCCAUUUGUACUCUCCGCUAAUCUUCAUGGAGGAGCGUUAGUUGCGAAUUAUCCUUAUGACAAUGGACCGGAGGAAUUGGCAUCUAAUGUAAUGGCGAACCUAAGUCCGGACAAUGAUGUCUUUCAAAUGCUGGCGUUGACAUAUUCUAACGCUCAUCCUCGCAUGCAUCUCGGUGAGCCAUGUCCGCCGAUAGUAAAUGAAGUUUAUGGCACAAAGACGCUUCUCGAGGAACGUUUUCCCGAUGGUAUAACAAACGGUGCUGCCUGGUACUCCGUACCUGGUGGCAUGCAGGAUUAUAAUUACUUGCAUAGCAAUGACUUCGAGAUCACUCUAGAAAUUGGAUGCACAAAAUUUCCAAAUGCCAGUGACUUGCCGAAUUAUUGGCUGGAAAAUAGAGAGCCUCUUUUACGUUUUAUUGAAAUGUCUCGCAAAGGUAUACACGGUAUGGUGAGUUCAUCCAUUGGCACCCCCAUAGCUCGUGCAAAGAUUUCGGUAGAAGGUAUAAAACAUGAUAUUUAUACCGCUGAAAGAGGUGAUUAUUGGCGAUUAUUGGUACCAGGACGAUAUAACGUAACUGUCAGUGCAAUGGGAUAUGAAACACUCACGCAGAGUGUCACCAUACCUCCAUAUGGUGAAAACGUUGGGGACGGAGAAGUAACUCUGGACUUUACGUUAAUGCGUGACGAUCCACUACAUUGGUCAUCUGCAUAUGAUUUUGGAUUGAGGGCAAACUUGCAGGAUGGUUAUUUAAGAAAUUCUGAGUUGAGCGCUAGAUUCAGCCAGUUAGAAACUCAUCAACCUAAUAUCGCAGAAUUUAUAGCCGGUGAUUCAUUGAUCAGCAUGGCUAUUCAUUCACUGAAAAUUACAUAUAAUGUGGGUUCACCCGAUGAAAAUAAAUUCCGCAUUGCAUUAGUGGGAGGACUGUUUGCCUCCCAGCCAGCGGGUAGAGAAAUUCUAUUACGUUUGGCAACGCAUAUUCUUAUGGGAAAUCAAAUUGGUAAUCCGCCUAUUCAAAGAUUACUGAAUAACUCUAUGUUACAUUUUAUUCCUGGCGUUGAUCCAAAAUUUAAUGAUAUAAAAGAGAAUAAAGAUUGUAAUCCUGUAAUCAAGGACGAAGUAGGAGAAAAACUGUUAUUAGAGAAUAGUGAUGCGUCUAAGCGAACGAAUACAGUUACAAAAGCAUUUAAGAGAAUGUUACAGGAUGAAAAUUAUGACGUCAUCGUGAUAUUGGGAGGUGGUUUCUCGCAAAUCAAUUAUUCGAACGACGAUCUAAACACGUUUAAAACACUCGCUGAUGUUUAUGAGCAUUUAAGGCACAAGGAAAUAUGUAGUCAGUCGAAUAACGAUACACAGCGUUUAACGAAUUUUAUACAACGCGUUUAUGACACGCCAGUGAUAAGCAUAAGCCUGUCGUGUUGCAAGUAUCCACCUGCGGAUUCAAUUCCCAUCAUUUGGCGCGAAAAUUUGCAACCGCUUAUGGAGCUCGUGCAAAGCCUCACUAGUGGAAUCCGUGCGACAAUAAUGGACAAACACGGCGUUCCGCUUCGAAAAACCAUCGUCAAGAUUGGAGAGAGAAGCUAUGGUGUGUCUCACAAUAUGGCUUACUUCAAAAUGAUACUUGUGCCUGGAGAAUACACAUUAACAAUUUCCUGUGAAGGAUACGUCACGCAAGUAUUGAUGGUUCUUGUGCAACGGCAAAACAUAACGAAUAUCGACGUCAAGAUGGUACAGAAGGCCGUGACGCCGAUUGAUAAUCAUCAAGAAACACACAAAGAAUCACCUAAGAAGUUAAGCUUUGUUAAUCGCGCUUUAAUAGAUUUGAACGCGAAGUAUCCGCGACAAACGAGUCUACACAGUAUUGGUAAAACCGUGAAGGGUAACGAGAUAAUGUGCUUAGAGAUCGGUUCCAAUAACGACCAGAAAUUGAUAGGACGACCGGGUAUCGUUUUUUCGGCUGGUAUUCUACAGGCCGAACCAGUGACUGCAGGAGUACUUUUGCACUUCGCCUCAUAUCUCUUGGAUAAUUAUAAACAAGAUGAUAUGAUUAAACAUUACAUUCAUGAUUUCUCCAUAUACGUGAUUCCAGAGUUCUCUUCUGAUUUUAACGAAAAUUUCACGUGCUUGCCACAGGUGAAAAGCUUACAAUUUCCUAUUCACAAUAAGCUCGAUGAGGACGCGGCUAUGAUCGUAAACUGGUUUAAAAACUUAAAUACCGUGUUAGCUGUGAAUCUCAACAGUGGAUCACGGCAUAUCGAAAUUCCAUUCGGUCGUGACUAUGGAAAGGUUCGCGAACGAAAGUACGAGAGUGUUGACGAAGAUUUAUUACAACACUUGGCGUCGAUAUAUGCCGAUGCUAGAGCAGACAAGUUGUCUGCGAACACAAAAUGUAAACUGAAUUCGAUUGGUGAUAACAACGUGAUACACGCGGCGGAAGGAAUUGGCGGAAAAAGAGGUCAUCCUUUAAUAGAUUACAUGUAUUUCAACACGAGCACAUUAAUGAUGGACGUAUAUGUUACCUGCUGCACUACUGAUCACUCGAUUGUCGUUUGGCAGGAAAAUAAAGCUAGUUUAUUAGCCUGCAUACAAGAGAUGAAUAAAGGUGUGAGAGGACACAUCACCAAUGAGGACGACGAACCGAUCGAGGGAGUUGUCUUGUCUUACGACAAAUCACCGCAUCUAAUUAAAAGUGGCAAAUCAGGCUUUUACUCGAUCCUGUUGCCACCCGGGAGUCACAAUAUAACAGCCAUGGCACCCGGAUACCACGCAGAGACCAAACUCGUCUCCACGCUCUCGUUCGAGGCAAAGAAAUUUUCAAGAUUGAUGUUUAAACUCAUACGCGACGAUAAUAUCAUGGGAAUACCUAGACUAAUAUUCAUCAUGAUAACGGGUAUGAUAUGCUUUGGUAUGGUAUUGUGUUUUAUAUGUAUUUGUGCAAAGUGUUACGCUUCUGAAGCGGAGAAAAGCAGAAAGGGAUACGCAUUUAGCUUACUAAAAGAUGGUGGUAGCUUCUUCGACGAUGAUGAGAAGGAGGUUGAAAUAUUUCGAAGACCAGUAGAUGGAUAUUCUGCAAAUGACAAUGAAGUUACUAAACCGUAUUUCGAUGACGAUAACAGUUCCGAGGAUGGUAGCGACUUGGAAUUUAUUCGGCCUGAACGAGAAUGGAGCGAUACAAUACCGAGACAAACGUGAUAGUAAAUAUUUUUAUAUGAUAUACAAAAUGAUAUAUUAUUCUUUAUAAUGUACGUGGUUUAGUCGAUUUUAUAUAAUUAAACAAAUCCAGCUAAAGAGAAGUAACUUUUACGGAUUUUAAAGGAUUGAAAUUUACGAAAGUAAAAACUAGGGUCCAAGUAGAAUAUGUACUUAUACAUAGAAUAUGUACUUAUAUUUUUGCUGCAUUUUUUAGAAGAAAAAGCGCGAGUUUCUGAUAAUAUAUUAUUUUAUGAAUAUAUUAUGUAAAAGUUUGUGUAAAAGGAACAGAAUGCUGUUUUAUAGAAUUACGUAAGAAAUAUAAAUAUAUAAACGCAUGAGU